UGUCGCUCUCCAAUGAGCACGGGUUGACUGCCAGGACAGAGAGGAGCACACCUCCCAUUGUCCAAUGUUGCCAGAGAGGGAGGACUGCUCUGCCACCAUACGCAGGCUGAGUUAUGAUGUGAUGCAAUGAUUUUUCUCUUCUCCCACUCCUCUUGCAUCCCCUUUUUGGACCGGCUGCUUUUAAAAAUUAAUUGGUUCUGUGGAGAGAGAGAGAGGGAAUGGACAUUGCCUCAGAUGUGGGCUUUUAAUUUCUUGUCAUGAUUGCCAGUGCAUUAAGAGGCCGUAACACCUUGACUGGGGAUUUCAUAAAUGGAGAUUGGACACUGUCAGUGUGUUUGGUGAGUUGGAAUCAUCCUCAGCUGUAUUCAACUGUUGGAUUCUGUGCUGAAAACCGGCAAUUUCAUGAAUCCGUAUUCACUAGUUGAAACCAUGAUGGACAACAUGAGAAUAUUGUAACUCUCCCUGAAGGAAGGCCUCUCCGUCUAGUAGAGCUUCGUGGAAGAGCUACAGAGGAAACUUCACAUUACCGAAGAACCCUGAGUCCAACAUGGCAUUCAGUGUCCUCGGAGUGUUCUUGGGACUCCUACUGGAAGUGUCAACACAUGGCCCCACCAGCAUUCCACGGAUGUCCUGGAAACACCAAGAUGUCAAUUUGAUAGAAUUUUCAGAAGAAGGAAUCUUCAAUUAUUCCACAUUGUUGCUCAGUGAAGAAAAAGAAGUACUUUACGUGGGUGCGAGGGAAGCCAUCUUCGAGCUGAGCAUGAAAAAUGUGUCUGUCAAGACCAAUAAGGUAAUAUGGAAAGUUCCUGAAAACCAUAUGUCAAUGUGCAUCUUAAAAGGAAAAUCUAAAGAGACAGACUGCCUAAACUACAUCCGGGUUCUACAAGUGCUCAAUGAUGACAGUCUAUAUGUCUGUGGGACACAUGCCUUUCAGCCUCUGUGUGACUAUCUGUCUCUCAAGGAUUUUAAACUGCUGGGGCAGCAGGAAGAUGGAAGAGGGAAAUGUUCCUUUGACCCUGCACAGAGCUUCACCACAGUUAUGGUUGAUGGAGAGCUUUACUCUGGAACUGCUUACAACUUCUUAGGAAGCGAACCCAUCAUAUCCAGAUAUUCUCUCUCUCAAAGUUUGCUGCGAACAGAGUAUUCAACGUCAUGGCUAAAUGAGCCCAGUUUUGUUUUCGCAGAUGUCAUCAGGGAAGGCAAGAACAGCUUAGAUGGUGAAGACGACAAGAUCUACUACUUCUUCACGGAGGUGUCAGUGGAGUACGAAUUUUUUGGCAAGCUGCUAAUCCCCAGGAUAGCCCGUGUCUGCAAGGGGGACUUGGGGGGACAGAGGACUCUGCAGAAGAAGUGGACCUCCUUUCUGAAGGCAAAGUUGGUCUGUUCCAUGCCCGAGCUCAAUUUUGUCUUCAACGUGGUCCAUGACGUGUUCAUCCUAAAGACCCCAGACUGGAAGGACACUGUCAUAUACGGUGUUUUCACAUCGCAGUGGGGAAAUGUUGGGUUAUCAGCAGUGUGUGCCUACAACAUGUCUUCAGUGGAGGAAGUGUUCUCCAAGGGGAAGUACAUGCAGAAGGCCACAGUGGAGCAGUCUCACACAAAGUGGGUGAGGUAUAAUGGAAUCACCCCCAGCCCUCGUCCAGGAGCGUGUAUCAACAACAACAAUCGACUGCAGAACAUCAACAGCUCGCUUCAUCUGCCGGAUAAGACCUUGCAGUUUGUCAAGGACCACCCUCUGCUGGAGGACCCUGUCCUUCCUAUUGGUAAUGGGCCCAAACUUAUCACCAAGGAUGUGAACUACACCCAGAUCGCUGUGGAGAGGGUCCAGGCCUUAGACAACAAUGUGUAUGAUGUCAUAUUCACAGGGACAGAUAAAGGAAUCUUGCACAAAUCCAUAGUCUAUGAUGGAGUAGUUCACACGAUCGAGGAGAUACAGCUUCUCCGUAAUGUAGAACCCAUAAAGACUCUGCUACUGUCUUCACAAGGGUUCCUUUAUGCUGGGUCAGACUCUGGGGUAGUGCAGUCCCCUACGGCCUUCUGCGACAAGUACACGUCCUGUGAGGACUGCGUGCUGGCGCGGGACCCCUACUGCGCCUGGGCCGCUGAUUCCGCGGCCUGCCUCAACAUAUUCCAGGCCCAGGACACUACCCAACGGAACUUGAUACAAAGCCUUAAUGGUGAUGCAGACAAGUGCCCCAAUGUGAGGGGCCGGUCCCUAGAGCCCUACCACCAAGUUGUGGUGAAGCCAGGGAGCUCUGUGGAGCUGCCGUGCCACGUGGGGUCCAACCUGGCGCAGGCGGUGUGGACGGUUAAUGGAAGCGCGCUGACGGAGGCAUCCAGGUUCCACCUGCUGGGCGAGGCCGGCCUGCUCAUCUACAGCAUGGCCCCCGAGGACCAAGGGCGGUACGAGUGCUGGUCCCUGGAGUGGGCCGGGGGCAAGAACUUUACCCGGCUGGUCACCGGCUACGCCCUGACUCUGUAUUCGGUUAAGAGGCCCCCCGCACCCGACCCCUCCACCCCGCUCACCUCCACCGCAGCUCACAACCCCACCACGGCCACCGAAGCCUCUCCUGCUCCUAUCUCUCCUGUCGAGUCUUCAUCCCUGUCCACUGUGGGGAGCACCUCCCCUGUCUCCUCCUCCUCCUCAUCUUCUUCCACCUCUACCUCUUCUUCCUCCCCUUCUCCCGAGCUGUGGUCCACUGUGGGAGGCAUGGGGGUACGGCUGCUGCCCCCACUGCUGACUGACCAGGUCUGGGGUGUUGAGGCCCACGAGGCCUUCCUGCUCUUCUGCCUGGCUUUGGGUCCAAGUGAUCUCAACAUUCGCUGGAAGGUGAAUGGAAAGAGACUUGAGACCCCCGUCACAGAGUACCGACAUGCCAUGGCCACUGGGGAAGUGUUUGUGAGCAGCUGGUUGAGGCUGAGGGGCCUGCGGAAAGAGUCACAGUACCAGUGUGUUGCCACAUCCCACGCUGGCGACGAAACCUCCAAAAUUCUCAUCGGCCCCAGUCGCAAAGAUAAAGACAGUGUUGUGUCCAGAGACCUUAAACAGUGGAGAACUGCACUGACAGACCAUGAAAAACUGCUACAGAACUGGAAGGAGGCGUGGGUAUGUUUCAGUUGUAAUGUUUUGCAAUCUGUCCAUUGCUUUUUCUUAGAAGCCAAAAAAUAUAUUGACAAUAAAAUAUACUUUGUAUUUGAGUUUGUGAGAUGUGUGCAUGUGUGGGGUUGAGAGGUUUGAAGAAGUUGCAUCAAAAAGCACACAGACCACACCAGUCCCAACUAUGCCUGGCAGCUGUGGAGGCCAUAAUUGGCAAGUGUCCAGGGAGGGAAGGAUCGUGUCAGUGCAAGCUCAACAUGUGGAGUGUGAAGACCGGUGGCUGCUUGUGAAUACAGCUGAACAUUUCAAAUUUGGAUAAAAGGGGGAAAGCAAUUUUUUUCUCACUCACCACACCACAGCAGAGAAGAGAGGCGAGAUGAAACCACAGUACAUAAAAAGUCAGAUUGGACUUUGUCUGUCCACCAGUUCCCGUUGUCACUUCCCUGCUUACUACCAUCUCCUGAGCUGGAAUCAGAACACAUUUUUGUUUGUCUGCAUGUGGACUGAAAUGGUUGAAAAAAAAACUGCAUUAAUUAAAAUCCAGAUGUGAAUCAGUGAAGGUUGUCACAAGCUCAGGUAAAUUACAUUUUUAAUGGUCAAGGCUAAUUUUCCAUUGAGUUUACGGAUAUGAGUAACUGAACGUGUUUGCAUGUUGCCCCUUCUCAGGAAAGCUGCGGUGGAGAAGGUGUUCUUUGAAGAUAGCUGGAGUUCCAUGCCAUCAAGAGUGUUCUAACUCCAUUCCAGCUGGAACUUAAAUUGGUCUGGCGCUGAUGACAUCACGUGUAGUGUCUCAUGCUCCAUGGUUGAAUGUGUGGCAUUACACCAGCUGAGAGAAACCAGUGUCCUGCAGCAUGUGCCUGUUGCCCUGGUUUGUAGGUCUUUCCCACUAGCUCUCCAUGAUGGGGAGGUAUGAUAUUCCCUGCUAUUCUGGGAAGGCAUAUGUGUUGCAGGAGUAACGCACAAGAAAGUUUCUUAUUGGAUUGUGUCAGAAACCUAGCGGGUGAAUGGUGCUGUGCUCCAGUAAACUUUGCACUGUUCUGAAAAUGAUGGUAAAAACCCAUCAAAGUGAUUCCCCAAGAAUGAUCAACCAUACCACUCUGCAAAAGCUGAGUCUUCUUUUCUGUUUUUUCAUAGUUAUGUUUAGUCGAAAUGUUCUUUUGUUUUUUUUUUUACCUGUUUUUUUUUUGUGAUUAGUAAGUCAAAAUAGUUAUUUAGUGUAUUCAUUACAUACCAUACAUUGUAAUGUUUGCAAUAUGGGGCCCUGUGCAUAAGCAUUGUCAGACUGGACUGUAUUAGAUACUUUCACUCGUAAUUAAACUUAUAUUAGACCCACAAGUAUUAAUAUUUUAAUAUUGACUUUAGUAUAUGCAGAUGAGCAUACAUUUCAUGUAUUUUACCUGUUUGUUUAGUGUGCUAAACUGAAUGAGGAAAGACAAUUUAUUACAAAUCAGUGUUGUAUUGAAUAUUGUUUUGUGACAAUAUUCAUUUAGGUGUCAGCAUUAGUUAUAAUUUUAAGCCCUCGUGAAAAUGCUGGGGUUGUUAAACUUUACCCGAGAUUCCCUUUCAUUGCCUUUUUUUUUUCUUCUCUCAGAAGUAUAUUACAGAAAUGUGUGCCAUCUUCAGUGCUUAGAUUUGCACUGGUCUUGAUGUUAUUUUAAACUAUCGGUAUUUUCUUUUGUUUCAUAGACCUCUGGAACGGAAUAUAAAACGAGUGAAAUUUCAGAGUGGAUUUUGAGUGGUUAAAUCUGGUUUACAUUCAAAUAAUCAACAUUUGAGCACAUGGGAAUUUCAAGGUUUUUUGUGUGUCUUGGGAGGCGUAAAUCUUUGUAAUGUUGGAUGUGUGCCUUUUCAAAAAUGAGUAAACGGGAAGGGCAUAAUGACACUCCUUAGGAUAGAUAACAAUGAGAGAGAAACUUAGACCUUUAGAAAAAGAGGAGCAUUCAUUCUAUAUUAUUAAUGGUAAAAGGUGCUAUUAUUUCAAGUGUAAAAUUAUAAUAGAUUCAUUGAGUAAAUUAAAAGUGGUAAGAAUCCAA